AUGUCUACCUCUCAGCUUUGGGCUCCUAAACCACAGCGACCAUCUCAACAACACACCAUCGAACGCAUCGACAGACCAAGCAACAUGAUCCCAGGCACUUGGUUGCAGCUCUCGCCCGAUGCCUCUCCAGGCUCCAACACGGCGAAGUUCUUGCAGCUCACACCUCAAUCGUCGCCACUGCCAUCCCCAGCACUCAAGGGCGAAAGCGCCAGCCCAGUGGACUUGACUUCGCUGUCGCUCACCGACUCUCUGCCACGCCCAACAACUGAGAGAUACCUUAGCAACACUUCAGCAGUAUCUCGUCAAUCGUCGGUCUCGUCCAGCUCUUCCAACUCGGUGUCUACCAGGCCCCCAGCGUUCCUGACCGUCCCAAGCGUCGAGCGCCGCGAGAUGGCAAUUGGUCGCCUCGGUGGUUUGGGAGCUGCUUUCCUCUCCAACUGA